AGACCGGACUGGCGGCGGCGAGGGGCCGGGGCCGGGCGGGCGGCGGCGAAGGGCCCGGAGGGGUCACUGCCAUCAUCUCUCCUUAGCGCCGUACCCGGAGCAGAGGCAGAGGGGCCGCGGGGAAGCCGCGCCGUACCGGGGUCGCUGGAGCGCCGGCGCUGCCUGCACCUGCGCACGGGCCGGGCCUGCUGCCAGAUGGUGGAGGUGCUGCUGGCCGCCCUGAUCCUGGUCUGCAGCUCCGUGUCCUGCGGCUCGGCGGGAGGAUACACCGGCCUCCCCGCCCUGGGGGGCAUCUACUACUACCAGUACGGCGGGGCCUACAGCGGCUUCAGCGGAGCGGAGGGGGAGCAAGCCCAGCAGCUUGACCAACGUUUCUACCUACUGAAGCUGCCCAUUGCAAGGGCAGCCAUGGCCGUGGCUGGGUGUCUCCUGGUCUUCCCUUGUGUUCUUAUUUUGGUUGGUGUUCUGCGGGUCCCGUGGCACUUCCCAGCAUGGCUGCUAAUUGAAUGCACCCUGUACAUAGUAAUUGCAGUUGGCACAGUGCCUGCUCUGUACUAUUUCCUCCAUUCUCUAAUCAGCGUUUAUAAUUCAUCAGUGUGCAAAGAGAGAGAGCAGCUUUAUCAAAGCAAAGGCUAUCAGGGCUUCUGGUGCAGCCUGCAUGGGGCAGAGAUUGCUGCUGGCCUCUUGGGCUGCCUGGCUGCCAUGGCAUACCUGCUCAGUGCAGGCCUGGCUGUCAGAGAUUACAGGACAGGUCAUGAAUAGAAACAGAAGCCACUGCAAUUGUAAGAACUUUCAAAUGAUUCCUCCAUUCCACUCCUUACUGAGAUGAAGCAGUAUGCUUUCCUUUCUUUUGGACAGUACAGCCUUAAUGCUACAGAGCACUCACCAAGCUCUAAAUAUGGUAGAGUCAGGUUAUUCCUAACUUGAAUUUGCAUUACUGAAUUAUUAGUGACUCAAAGCUGAUGCAGUGGGUUGUCUCUGCUUCACAGGCAGCCCUUCCAUCCCACUCUCAGGUGUCCCCUUCUCCAGUGAGGCCUUGCUACAAGUACUGUCACUACAUGCUCUGCCAAUGAACAGCUUUUUGUAGCUGAAACUGUCUUUACAAAAGGCAUGUGACUUCGCUGAGAAAAGAGCUCUUAAAAACAAGCGAUGGAGACCCAUGGUUGUGACAGCUAAAUACUGCUUCCUUGUAGGUCUCCGGGAGUUAACAGACCAGUGUGAACAUGACAUUUAUUAGGACAUGAAAAAUCCUGAAAAAACCUCGCAAACUCAGUCUAACUUGUGAUAUAAUGCCUUUUCAAACUCCUGGAGAGGGAGCAUUUUUAUGUGAAAUGGUCUUUUUAUAUUACUUAUAUAUACAAGAGUUUUGCUUUAAAAGAUGCCCUGAAUUGGGAUAAUGAGACAAAAGCUUUAUGAGAUCAAAUGGGUAAUUGAAUAUGGAAACAUAUUAUUUUCAAAAUACAUUUUCAGUGUACAAGUUGGAGAAAUUAGUUGCUGCUCUUUUUUUCUUUUUUUUUUUUUUAGAAAAACUUUUAUAGGAAAUUUAACUGGGAAAAGUAGCACUAGAAUCACCAGCUCAUGCCUCAAAAUGAAAUUCCACUUCAGAGCAGUAUUGUUCAUAUGAGGAUGGAACCACCACAGUCUCACAGAUGAGUUCUGCCCACAUUAAAAAAACUAAACAUACCACAAAAAAUGCUUUGCCUUGGACAUAGCUCACCUUUCACUGGCACCAGUAACUAAAUCCUCACAAUUACCAAAACCACGGAACACUAUUUGAACUAGAGACACUAAAGUAAAACAGAUGCCAAAUAGGGACACACUAGGUGCUUUGGGGUUUUAUUUCUUCUGCCUUUUAGCAUCAAGUGUCUCAGCACAGCGAUGUACAUGGACAGUCCAUCGUGGUCCUGUUUCUGUUAACAUUUUUGUAUUUCCUCUUGUUAGCAGCUACUUCUAGAGCUGUACAGUUCUAUUGAGAGCAAGUUCACAGGGCAGGAUUCCUCUACCAGGAAACAGAAAGCUGCCUUAAUAAUUGUUAAGCCUAAUUCUACUCUUACCGUGUUCUGAAAGAAGUUUUUGUAUGGAAGGCUGAUGAGUGAAGUAGCACAUAGAGUUCAGUGAAUAACCUGCAGCACAGCUGCUGCUAGACGCAGCUACCUUUGACUGGGAUAUUGCAAAUGAUUCUUCCAGCACAGUAACAGAAUCAGAAUAAGCUGUUAGAUGAAAGUAAAAAUCUUUAUUGCUAAGUCAGCUGAAAAUUAGAUGCAAAAAUACUCUUCCUUCCUGGACUUCUCUAUACAUCUGAAUAAACAAUCAAUGGACUAGCGUUUUCCAACAAUCUUGCGUUAUUUGCCUUUCCAAAGCAAUACAUAGGCCACAGUGCUGAGGGCGCAUUCACUGGACAACCUACUCCCAUACACAGCAAAAACAGGGAUCGUUACAGGUGCAUGCUAGAGUGGGAUGCAGAAAAUACUCUCCUUUUUAAAAACAGAAAAAGCAUGAAAAAGGAUUAUUUAGUAAACAGUUGGUACACUGCAGUAUUUAACAUGCGCCAGGUCGUAUGAGUAAUUAAAAAGAGGUAACAUUUUAAAAUGUCAAAAAAGAGGAAAAAUACAAUUGAGUCUUCAGAGAGCAAUAGAACAGCAGGCAAUGAUUGCACACGACCAAAGAGGUGAUCUGCCUGAAGAAAGGCCUUUGGCAAGUGACACAAAAGCCACCAGCAUCUGUCUGGAAAUACAGGUCCAAAGCCUUAGGUGUGGCUGAAGGGCCUGUGUACCACAGGAAAGAUUUCAGACUUCACAGCAACUGGUCUCCAAGAGAGGAAAAUACUUCCUCCUUCUUGGAACAGGAUGUUACCCUUUUGUCUAGUUCAAGAUUCUGGUUUGCUACAAACAGUCUGUCAUGCUGCCUCAUUGGGCCUGUUCCUUGUUCUGGGGGCAACUUGGAGGCUAUCUCUUACCUUUACCACACUCAAUAUAACCUUCAUGGGUUCCUUUUACACAUGCCUUUCUGGACAGGACGGGACAGGACAGGACAGAGCAGUGCCUGCAGAGUACCUUUCUCAGCAAGCAUGCUUAUCAGCAGAGCCAGAAUUACUGAAAAGAUGGACCAACAAACUCCUCAGCUCACUUGGCUGUGGCUGCAUGCAGUGUGGCAGGGCUUGCAUUGCCCAGCAGGGACAAAAUAGCCUGAGGACCCCAAGGUGAGAACCUCUCUCUAACAGCAAGUCUGUGAAUGAGUGGGACAUUCUCAGUGAUGUGGUUACGUGACUGAUCGCAUAGUAUCUCUGCAAACUCCAAAAACAAAAAUCAGGAAGGGACUGGAGAAAAGGAAGAUUACUGGGCACUUUCCAUAUCCUGCUAUGAGUCCUUCAGUAGACUUGCCCUUUCAUAACUGUUCCACCUACAGCAGUGCUCCUUGGGAGCUUGAAAUGUAAGGAAGUGUUAAUAAAUAAGGUAAGGAAGACACAGAGGGAGGCUGGAAAAUAAAAGGUAGUGGAGGGAAGCACUCUGUACUAUGAGUUGUCAUCAGACAGAUGAAGAUAAUCCAGCCACACCACUGUCUGACCACUGGCAGAGAAAACACUGUUUCUUUAGAUGACAGUGACCUUGAGGCAUGUUUCUGCAGCUGGAAUCCUGUGUUGGAAAAUCUAAGAUAUUUGCAUGAAAAAAUGAUGCCAGUGUCUUGCUGACACCCAAAACUGGCCUAGGAAAAAGCAGAACAUUUUGUGAUGAACAGGCACUGUUUUUAAUGCAUGAAAAAGAUUUUGGUUGACUGGAGAAAAAGCAUCACAAUGCUAUGACUGAAAUGGAAAAGGAAAAGCUUAAUCCUCAGAAGAAGCACAAGGAAAAUAUGGAGAAGCUGCUUGAGGACACCAAUGCUUGUCUUAGUUACCUAGAGGAAAGUUUUUUUGGAACAGGUAAAGUUAACUCAGCCUGUGCUGCCCAGAGUUCAUAAUACCAGAAAUUUGUGGAUUUUGCCAGGAGUGUUAAGAAAGAUAACAAGCUAUGUCUUCCAUGACAGUUCACACCCAUAGAAAAUAGGAGCUGGCUGUAUUUAAACUCCCUUUCUGCUUCAAAAAGUCUAAGUAUGAAUUCUUUCUGUUCCAUUCUGCCACUACCUUUAAGAGGUGCAGUUCAGAAAUCUGUAUGCUCCAUUGCAGAGCUGUGUUUUCCUCAGUCCUUCAACACUGAGCUAGGUAGAGCCAUUCAUUACUAACUCCUUGUGGCAAUUAAUUCUGCAAUACACAAUAAUACUGGUUCAGACUGGCAAGGACACACUGGGCUUUCCAUAACAGUGCAAGAAAUAGAGACCUGAUCAGUAUGUGCCAUUCGGAGUGCAGGGUUUGUCAGUCUAACUCAGAAAUAAAGAGUUUCUGUAUCAGUCCCAUACUCAAUGGAGGCUGUUCUGCAGCCCUUUUCAGAUACCAGAAAGUGUGAGGCUAGGCACAAAUAUUUGGUAAAAUUAUCAACAUUGACAGAAUCAAAAGUUGCAGUCAAAUACAUUGGGAUGAACCUUUCCUGUAUACUUACAUGAUGAUAACAUUGAAAGAGUUUUGGGCUUUAGCAUUUGAAUCUUUUCUGCUGUUGUUCCUCUGCCUAAAGGCUUCAAAUGCUGUUGUUUCUAUGAUUUUAAGAAUUAGCUUCAACCUCCAGUUCCAAAUUAAAUAGGUGUUUAAACAGCCAAAAAUUGUGAGAAUUUAAACUUUGGAAAAAGUUGGGUUGUUUCAUAAUUACACUGCAACUAGCAAAAAGUAUAUCCUAAAAUGUUGCUCCGCAUGCAUGAUAAAAAUACUUU